AUGUACAUGGUAUGGUCGAUUGUCUUCCGAGCGCCCUACAGCGAAGCACCUAGUGCAGCACGUUUGCUAUUUGCACCGGGCAACUGGGUAGUGAUCAUGACGACCAUCGGACACAUUUUGCUUGUUCUUAUACCACUUGCUCGAUCAUAUAGAACAAAGAAUUCCUACAGCAUACACGCUCUCGAAAUCGACAGCAGCAGCAGCAGCUACAAUAACAACAACAGCAACCGCAGUAGCUUGGAUGAUUUAUUCGGCAAUGCAUCCGAUCCUGGACGACGACGAAGGCAAAAGCCACACCAAACACGUAGAAACGCAGGAACAGAGUUGCCACGCUUACCAAACACGCACCCACAUUACGAAUUGACGGCAGAUGCACUUGAUCAAGCACUACAAGACCCGGAUACGAUCAAAAGUCUCAAAGAACUUGCAACCAAAGAUUUUAGUGUGGAGAACGUUUUGUUUUACGAGGAAUACCUCAAAGUUCGGAGGAAAAUUGCCUAUAGCCAGCAGUUGGGCAAAAUGGAUGAAUCAAAUCAUACUACCACUACUAGUGGUGCUGCUACUACAAGUGUAGUGGUAGCAUCAGCACCAGCGCCAGACAACCUAAACAAGGCUCAUAAAAGAGAAUCAUCUACAGUAUCGUUGCCAUCAGCAACUAUGAAUGAUAGCGGUGAAAGCGAGCAACAACAACAGCCACUGUUGAUCCAACAGCAUCAAUGUGCACGACGUGUUCCACCCAGCUGCAUAGCGGAUUGCAUUGGGCUCUACCAGACAUUUAUUCCCGAUAGUGCCCCGUUACAAAUCAACAUUACGGCCAAAGCACGCAAAAUAAUCGAGGCAGGGUUUAUCCAAUCAACAACAGCAACAACGACAAGCCAUGGUACUACUGCUCCUGUAGACGAGAACAACAACAGCAACAAUAAUAAAACGAGUAGUGUCACUAUCAACGAAGCCAACUUUACUCUGGACAGUUUUGAAAAGGCUCGCUCUGAAGUGUUUUGGAACAUCUUUACCAGUGUGUUUCCGAAACUCGUCAAUCUGUAG